AUGACUUCCAUUUCUCUCCUCGACUCACUCAAGGACGAGGAUCUGAUAACUCCACCAGAUGUCUCCUCAACUGUUCUGAGAGAGGCUCUCAAAAGCAUCAGCCUCGUCGUCGGGCCGGAGAACGUGCACGUCUGCACCAGGGAAACCAUGAAGCCCGAUGAGGACGGACACUACUACAACCUUCCAAAAGAACAUGAUCUGUUUUACAUUUUGGAGAAAGACGUUUUCCUCGCCAGUGCGUUGGUCCGGCCAGGUUCAACAGAAGACGUUGCUGCCAUUGUAAAACUAGCCAACAAAUAUUUGACACCGCUGUGGCCCGUCUCCAUGGGCAGAAAUCUUGGGUAUGGAGGCUCGGCACCACGCCUUCGUGGCAGCAUUGUUCUUGACAUGGGUGCCCGCAUGAACAAAGUGCUGCAAGUCAGUGACCGAGACUGUACUUGCCUUCUCGAGCCUGGCGUGUCAUAUUUCGCACUCUAUGAUUAUCUGCAGAAGAAUGGAUUCAAGCACCUCUGGAUCGACAACCCUGAUCUGGGAGGUGGUUCGGUCGUGGGCAACGCUCUCGAUCGAGGCGCCGGGUACACCCCUUAUGGAGACCACUUCUCGUUCCAUUGUGGGAUGGAAGUCGUCCUGCCCAGUGGCGAAGUGAUGCGCACGGGGAUGGGCGCCUUGCCAAACAACAACACCUGGCAGACUUUCCAGUACGGUUUCGGUCCCUAUCCUGACGGAAUCUUUACUCAAUCGAACUACGGCAUUGUCACGAAGAUGGGAUUCUGGCUCAUGCCUGACCCUGGCGGCUACCAAUCCUACCUGUUCUCUUUCCAGAAUGAGACUGAUCUCCCGGCAAUUGUCGAAGCCAUCCGUGUUCUGCGGAUUGGCAUGGUCAUCCAGAAUGCGCCAACGAUCAGAUCGACGCUCCUCGAUGCAGCUGUCUACGCUCAGAAAUCUCAAUAUACAGACUCCAAAGAAGUUCUGAGCGACAGUGAGAUUGACGCCAUCGCCAAAAAGAUCGGGGUGGGUCGAUGGAACAUCUACGGGGCCAUGUACGGCCCGAAGCCCAUGCGUGAUCUGCAGUGGGAGGUUCUGAAAAGUACAUUCAUGCAAAUUCCUGGGGCAAAGUAUGAAUUUCCGGAGCCUCUGAAAGAGGGCACCCAGAAAACCGUUCUUCACAUGCGGGAGGAAACGCUCAAGGGCAUACCCAACACCUACGAGCUUGGAUGGCUGGAUUGGACCUGCAAGCGCGGUUCGCUGCUGGGAUUUUCGCCCAUCUCGCCCGCCACUGGUGUCGACGCCAACAAGCAGUAUGAAAUGGUGAAACGGAGGCUCGGCGAGUUCGGGUUCGACUACCUGGGCACUUUUGUCGUGGGAUGGCGCGAGCUUCAUCAUAUCGUGUGCUUGACCUUUGACAAGUCGGACCCUGAUUGCCGCAGAAGGGCACAUCGAUGCAUUGAACUCUUGAUCGACGAUGCGGCAGCCGAGGGCUACGGCGAGUACAGGACGCACCUGUGCUACAUGGACCAGAUUGUGAGCGUGUACAAUUGGAACAACGGAGCCUCGCUGAAAUUUAACGAGCAGCUCAAGGACAGUCUAGAUCCGAACGGCAUCCUGGCUCCUGGGAAGAGUGGCGUGUGGCCGAAGCGGCUACGCGGUCGAGGAUUCGAGAUCCCGAGGACCCGGCCAUAUGAGACAGAAGGUGGACGACCGAAGGAUGCUGAGCGUGACCUAGAAUCCAAAGCCACAGAUGAUACUGAAGCAUCGGCAGGGCAGUUGGCUGCGAGUCUGUAA